UUAAUUAUUGAUGAAAUACCUGUAUAAAUUUAGUGAUAUUUUUUUGGUUCUAAAAAUGUUUUCAUAAUUUUCAGAUUUUGCUCUAAAUAAAGCAGAAAUGACAUUCGACGAAGUUGAAAACGAAAUUUUUUUUUUUCAUUGAAUCUAUAAUGUUUAGAAUACGUGAUCUACUAAGAGUAUUCUAAAAAUAUUUAGAAUACAUAUUCCACGCUUAACCUACCGAUUUAAAAUCUUUAGAAAUCAAAAUCUACACAUUAAUAUAAAUCUAAAAGACGUAGAAACCGACUUCUACAAAUUUACUGUAAAUCUAAAACAUGUAGAAAUCAAAAUCUACACAUUACUAUAAUUUUAAAAACCUAUAGAAACCGAUUUCUACAUAUUAGCUAUAUUUUACGGAUAAGAAAUCAGUUCCUAAAAAUAUGACAAAAUAUUUGGGAAUAUUCACUUUCAUAUUUUGAAAAAAAAAUGUUUUCUUUUUAAAAACAAAAAAAAAACGAAGAACAAAAAACGUGGUAACCUACUUCUCACGCCGUUUUUUAUAUUCCAUUGAUUGUUUACAAAAUUUUCACAAAUUUUUUCACAUUAUCGUCCAAAUCAGUGUGAAAUUGAGUUAGGGUUUAUGAACUUGAGACUUUGAUUUUCUCCCCCUUUGUUCGUGAAUGAGAUGAGAAAUUAUGGGUUUAAUCCCAAAGAAAUCGAGUUUUAGGAGUUGAAAUCGUGUUUGGUCGGUUCAAAUCAAGUGGAAAUCAAACCGGAUAUAACCGAAGAAAACCAGGAAAUCGAUUUGGAAAACUUACCUGGGCACGGGAUCGAUCAGUCUAUAACUCGAGAUAGGUCAAUCCGUAUGAAAUCGACCUUUGUCGAUCGAGUGAAAUGGACCAGGUCGAUCAGUAUAUGCUCCGUGUUUUUUUUUGUUCUGCAUAAUGAUCAGGAUCGAUCGAUCCAUUCGACCUUGAUCGAUCCCGCUUGAUCGAACCCAUUAUUUAUUAUAUUUAAAAAUUACACGUUCAAGGGCAUUAUUACCAUUUUAAAAAUAAUUAGUCUAAUGAGACAUAAAAUAUAUGAGAUUAGUCUAAAGGGACAUAGUUAUCAUUUUUUGCUCUAAAAAAACAAUUUUCCCUGGUAAUUUUUAGCUAUAAAAGCAAUUCUAUUGUAGAGUAUCUCAACUUUGAUAUAUUAGAAAACCAAACAAAAGACAAAAGAAUGAAUGAGUAUCUCAAAUGUUGAAAUAUCCAUCCAAAAAUAUCCUCAAAUACCUCAUUUGAAAUAUUUUAUUUUUAUUUUUUGUUAGAUCUCUUGAAAUAUCAAAGUUGAAAACCCAUUGAUAAGUUUUGAAAAUAUUCACUCAGAAUCAUUUUAAGUUUAUUAUGACACAAUAUGAUAACUUUCUUCUAUAGACACACUUUUCUCUAACUUCAUCACAUUUUCGUUUAGUUUUUUCAAGUUAAAGCAGAAUUACAUUGUAACUAGUAGGAUUCACUCUCAUCUCUUUUUUUUAAAAUCAACAUAGGUCUUACCACUCUCAUCUAUUUCUUAUCUUUUCUUUUUUUAUCUGAUAAUCUGUCAUCUUCUUCAUUUUAAUUUUUUUGAUUUUCAGUUCUUUUUUCAAAAGAUUAUCUUUACAAAAUUUAGAUUGAGCCAUGAAUUCAACUAAUAGUGACUGAUUUACCGUUGCGGACCAUAAACGUUAUGAUUGAUGUAAAUCGACAAGCUCUCCACCACAAUUCAAAGGUACACGAUGGAGCUCAUUUCUUCUACACAGAUCUUCUUUUCUGCAGUCCUAAAAUCUGAUGGGAAGCUUCAUCAUCAUCGUGGUGAUCUCAGCCUCUCUACGUGCCUCCAGAGGACCGUAAAAGGAAGCCGCUGCUGUAUCCGAGAUUAGAUCGUCAUUCUUGAACCUUGAAAUCAAGUUUUCUUAAUUUUCAUAUUUGGUCCUUGUAAUUUUAAUUAUUUCCACUAUUGCCCCAAACUUUCUGAUUUGCAAAUAAGUCUUCCUGAAUUAAUCUAAAACUUUCAGAUUUGCAUUAUAGAUACUAUCAAAUAAAAUGAACAAACAUAUGUACUAAAAACCUCUAAAUACACCUUUUUAACAACUAUACUCAAAAUCAUUAGAACUAUAAAAUAUCUUAACUUGAGCAAUGUAUAAAUGAAUCGGUGUACAUGCGAUAUUUUGUAUAAUGUUGUAUACGUGCACAGUGAAAUAUUUGUGUACACGUUGACGGUAUUUGAUACACUGAGUAUCUUACAAGUAUCAUUCCCAUAAAUAAAUUACUAUUAUGUGCAUAUAUGUGUACAACUGCAUCAUGCCCAUAACUAAAUUAAUAUUAUGUACAGCCUUCAUAUUUAUUAUACACAUAUACGCUAUCAUACUUUAUCGUACACACGCACAGUGAAGAGGAAGAUGACAAUGGAAAUGAUGUUGAUGAUGGUGAUGGUAAGUUGAGUAAUCCGUUAUGGUCGAUAUAUUAUCAAGGCUCCCCUCUCAUCUUCUUGUCGUCUGGAUCUUCUCGGCUCAUAUAAUGCAAACCAAAUUGAAUUUUGUGCUCUGUUUCUCAACUUGUUGUUCUUCAUUUUGGUUUAUUGUUUCCUUUUAGAUUGAUAUAUUCAUAAAAGUGGAAGUCUUUUAAACAAAGACGUAAGAAGGCUAUUCAAUUUGAGUAAAUUAUUUCGGGUUAUGGAUUUGUACUUAUUUAAUAAUGUAUGUAUAACAAUGUUUUCAUGUCCAGUGAGACAUGUUUCGAACUUAUUUGUACAUAAAUAAUAUAUAAUAUUGUACAUAUGUACACAAAAACGAUUGAACACAUGUACACACAUGUUACAUAGACAAGGUAGGAAAUAUAAUAUGAACGUGUAUGGUAUCAAGAUUUAAACUAAGCUUCACUCAAAAAAUGAGAACUCUUUGUAUUCACGUAAACCACACUUAGAAAGACAAAAUUCUCUCUUUCACAUGUACACAUGUGACAUUAUGUACUCGUGUACAUGAAUGAGGUACACAAACAAAACAGAAAACACAAUUUUUGUUUUCAAAGUAGAAAGAUUUACAUAAUGGGUCACAUUUACACUUAUUAAUAACACUAUGGGUCACUUUCUUCUACCCACACACUUUCUCUAACCUUUUGCUCAUUUAUCAUUAGGUUUACUAAGCAAAACAUAACUAUAUUAUAAUUAGUGGAUCCCAGUUCUCUUUUUCUUCACAUCUCGUUUUUUUUCUUUUUUUAGAUCUCAUCUGAGAUUUCCCGAGUGAAAUCAUUGGUUUCAAAAUGGAUCUCCUCCACAUCAAUCAUUUGUUUUCUUCUCCAGAUCCAACCCUCACCUCUUCAUCGCAGCUUCUCGAAUUAUCAUUGUACUCCUCCACCAUUACCAAACCUUCUAACGUCGCUGCAAUCUAUAUAAUUUUAGAAUCUAAUAUAUAAAACACACAAUAAUACAUAUCCUUAGUUUAUAAAUCUACCUUUGAAUGAAUGAAAUAUGAGAACCAUGUAAUGAAAAAUCUGCAAAAAGAAGAUAAAUUAGUGAGAAGACGUAAGAAAAAUACGAGAAAUGAAUUUAAAGUUUGGUGUUUUGAUGUUCAAAGAGAUUAGAGAGAGGUUGGAGAGUUUUAGAGUGAGAAACAUUACAUUUUUGUUGGAGCCAUUUGAAAGGAAGAAAUAGAAUGUUUAAAUUUUCUUUAUAUAUGAAGACAAAGAUUCCAAUUAGGUUAAAUAUUUUCGAUACAAAAGACUACGUGGGAAGUUUUCAACACCCUAAAAUCAAAUACAUGAAAAGACUUCUGGAAGAUUUCUGGAAUACUACGCUUUAGGCGGAAAACCUAAACUCUACUAAAAUUUAGGCGGAAAUAUGUCAGAAAAAUUCUUGGGAAGUCAUUUUGAAGUCUUCAUGGGAAGUUUUCUAGAAGUUUUCCAAACCAUAAUCUAAUCAAAUAACUAAUUAAAUGACAAAAAUAAUUCAUUAAACUUAAAAUCAACUUAUAAAGUGUUUAAUAUACACAAAACUAAACACAUGUAGGUCAAAUUGUUUUUUAAAACAGUAAGAUUUUAAAAUCAAUCCCUAAAUACAAAAAAAUACUAUAACAUAUGUUACUAAACCCUAAACCAAAGUCUUCUCAGAGUCUUCUAGACCCUAUAAUCCAAUAACUAAGCAAAAACACUUCCUUAAACUUAAAAGAAAUUUAGAAAGUGCUUAAAUCAAGUAAUUAGAUAGUCACUAAACACAUAUAUGUCAAACUAAAAAAAAAUUAAAAAGAUAAUAUUUCAAAAUCUAACCUUAAAAAUACCAACAAUACUAUAACAUAUGUUACCAAACCCUAAACUGAAGGCUAUCAUGACUCAAUCUACAUCCAUUCAUCUACGUUAAACAUAAUUCAAUUUUAGUAAAAUUAUAUUUCCAUUAUUUAGAAAUGUUUAUUAAUACAUGAUUUGAUUUUUACUUUUUCAAAAUAUUUUUAUAAAAUUUAUUAAUUACUUUUAUGAUCUAAUACAUGAGAAAACUUUCUCUAGAAGACUUUUGGAAGACUUCAAUUUAGGCGGGAAACCUAAAUUCUUCUAAAAUUUAGGUGGGAGUCCUAAAUUGUACUAAAAUUUAAGUGGGAUAUAUGAGAAGACCAAAAAGUUUUCUGUGAGUAUUCCAGACCCUAUAAUCAAAUAACUAAACAAAAAACACUUACUUAAACUUUUAAGAUACUUAUAAAGUGUUUAAAUCAUGUUAUUAGAUAGUCACUAAACACAUGUCAAAUUCUGGAAAAAAAAAUAAAACAAAAUAUAAGAUUUCAAAAUCUAACCCUAAAUAUACCAACAAUAUUAUAACAUAUGUUACAAAAUCCUAAACCAAGAACUAUCCUGAGUUAAUUUACUUUCACUCAUCUAUGUUGUAAGUAAUUUAACUUUAGUAAAACUAAAUUUACAUCAUUUAGAAAUGUUUAUUAUUACAUGAUUUCACUUUUUUCUCAUCAAAAUACUUUUUAUAAAGAUUUUAAAUUAUUUUUAAGAUCUACUCAACGAGAAGACUUACAAAAAAGUCUUCUUAGAGAAAACUUAGUCUUUGUAAGUCUUCUCACGCAGAGGGUUAUAAUGGUAAAACUCAAUACAUGUUUUUUGUUUAGUUAUAACAAGAUUGUUGUAAUUUCACUAGAAUUUUGGGUUAUUUUUGCAUUUGAUUGAAUUUGAGAUACACUUUUAUUUUUAUGUGUGUUUAUAUUAGAAAACUCAAAAAGAAGAUGAGAUGGCCUACGCUACAAGACCAAUUGAUAUCAGUGGUGUUGAAAUUUGAACAUUAUUUAAACUUUUUCUUCAAAGUUUAAAACUUUUUUGACCUUUUCAGUUAUAUUUUCUUAUAAAUUCAUAUAAAAGGACAUAGAAACAGUGUGAAAGAACUCGAUAAUUAGAAUCCCUCGUGACUUUAUUUCUCCAAGUGACUUUUAAAAACCUUUGUUUCCAAUCUCAACUCAAGUCAACCUUUUUGUUAGUCUAGAAGCGUCGGACUGAACUCCUCCUUUUUUACUAUUUACUGAAUAAUAUCAAUUUAUAAAAAAGUUAAGAUUACAGAAUUUUUUUUGUUUGAAACUAAAAAUACAAAAGUUGAAGAGAAGAAUAUAGUGUACUUUUAAAAUUUUAGUAAAAAAUGCAAGAUUUAAAUGUUUUCAAUCAAAAUGGACAUAAAAUUUUAAUAUAUGGAUUCAAUGGUUAUCGGAGAUUUUCGCUCAUUAAAACAUCUUCGUCACCUUGAACUUGAAUCCAUUUUUAUGAAGUGCUUUAGGGAUAUCCGAUUUUUUUUCACUGUUGGAACAUCCAUAACAUCAGUCAAUAGGUGUGAUUGGUUGGGUUGCAACUGUAGAAAAUUUCCUUUAAAAUUUAGUCUGUUGAUUUUUUUUAUUUAGAUUUAAGAAAUAUAACUUUAAAAUUUCCUACGGUUAAAAAGAUGGAGUUUUAGAAAAUAAGACUUUUAUAGAUAUUUUUUUUAUUUUUUGGCUGUAGUUUUAUUUUUUUUUAGUUGUAGCUUUAAAAACUAAUAUAAAACAUGAUCGGUAGUUUUUAAAAUUAUAGAUAAAAAUUAAAGAUAAAAUCAUUUUCUAGAGUCCAACCAACCACUCCAAUGUUCUAAUGUUCUAAUGGUACUAUCGUGCAUGUGGAAGCUGACACACGCAGUAUCAAUGAUGUUACAAGCCAUAUUGUUAGCCAACUGAAAUGAACUCAUCUUCCCAGCUCUGUACGCCUCAGACCGUCCUUCGUGAACAGUCAUAUGAAAUUAUGCAUUCAUAUCUAGAAUCAAAGAAUUUGUAUGAAUUCUGUAUAUAAAUCGUUUUCAAUAUCUUCUUCUAAAACUUUAUGACCUCGUUUGCAGCAUAUAUAUUUCACAUGCGUUAUGUUUCCUAGCAGGAUAAUCUCGCUUGUAGUGAUCUUUCUUGCCAUAACUAAAACACAUUUUAUAGUUUAGGUUUCGACUUGUCUUUUAGCUACCAACUUGCUUCUUUUUCUGGUUUCCCCUUUGAUGAAUUCCAUUUACAUACAACUCAUCUCGAUGAGACUUGUCAACCACAAUAGUUAUGUUCGGUAUUUAUAAUGAGAUUCUACUGUAGAAAAACUGAUCUAAUCCUUUAUUAUUAAACGUAAGAGUUGUUAAUAAAAUCUCAUACUCCAGAGACAUAUUACAAAAAUUUUAGAGGCAGAUUACUCACUCUACCUGCUGUCCUAAAAGUAUUUCAAAAAAUUUGGUCACGAAAAGCAACGCAUCUUUAACACAUUUCUAAACUUUUUUUUUCUACGGGUGUGAUAAAUAGAUAUCUAAGGUAGAGUCCGUGAGUUUCAUUGGCUUCUUUUUUCUCCAGUUCAGACUAUUAUGAAAUAUUUUUCAAUUUUAUAUUGGGUUUGAUUAGUUUACCGGAUCCGAGAUAACAUUUCUUCAGUUAGGCAAUUUUCUUACCUACCAUAACGAAUUUUUACUUAUAAUUAAUAGUAAUCUAUGUUUGGUACGUAUCUUUUCAUUUUCUGAUGCAAAAUUCAUAAAUUUCAUAGUUGAAAAGAAUCCAAUACAUAAUACUUCAUGCGAACAUUUAUUAGGUAGUUUAGUGGUCAUAACUCGUAAACGGUGUCAUAAAAGAGAGAUUGUGCAUGCACCCUAUUUCGAACUUUGCUUAGGAGAUGCAUGUUUAUCAGAGGUUGGCUAUGGUCGUAAGAAUUUAUGGGCCUACAGAUCGAAUUCAGGAAUUUCCAAUAAGAAAAAUAGUGUAAAGUACUACAUAAGUCAUCUUACUCUAUUUCACGAUUACAAAAAUCUAAAGACAGUCAAUAUACAUUAGAAAGAAACUUAGAAAUGUUCAAAAAAAAAAAACAAAUUAGGUUGUGACUGGUAAAUUCCAGGAUAACACAGAGUAAAUGAUAAGAAAAAAAUAUAAUAAAAUAAAAGAAGUGAAUUUUUUUUUGAAAAGUAGAAUAAACUAUUUAUCUGCUAAAUCCAUGGAUUAAACUAAAGUGCUUUUUUUGAUAAAAAAAAAAAACUAAAGUGCUUUUUCAUUUUAUCUACAAUAUAGAGUAUAUAUUGCAUUGUGAUAAUUUACAUGACUGAUAAUUUUUUGAGAGCGUUACACUAAGGCCAUCUCCAACAAGACACCAAAACACUAAAUUUGGUGUGAUUUCAUCUCCAACAAGAUACCAAAUUUGACACUAUCCCACCAAAUUUGGUGUAAUGUGAAUAGUGUUAUACCAAAUUUGGUGUAAUACUAUUCAUCACACCAAAUCUUUAAAAUACAUAUUUUAAUAUGUUUCAUUUAAAAAUAUAGUUUAAUUACUAUCAAAUUUGUAAUUAAACAUAAAUAUAUUAUAUUAUUUUUAUUUUAAAUUUAUUUUCACAUUUGGUGUAAUAAUAUUCAUCACACAAAAUUUCUAAAAUACAUUUUAAUAUGUUUCAUUUAAUAAUAUACAUCAAUUACUAUCAAAUUUGUAAUUAAACAUAAAUAAUAUUAUAUUAUUUGUAUUUUUAAUUUAUUUUCAUAUAAUUAAAAAUUUAAUUUUUAUUUUAUUAUUAUAUUCAAAAUAAAUUAGUAAAUAACUAUUAUUAUUUAUCACUUACAAAUAAUAAAAUAUAAAUAUAAUCUAGAUGUAACAAAAUUAUUAUCAAUUACAAAUAAUAGAAAUAUAAAAGUUUUAAAACUGAAAACAUCAAAUAAUAUAUAAUAUUGAUUUUGGUGUAAGUUUUGGUGUUAUUGUUGGAGAUGGCAAAAGAAAAUUGACACCAAAAUAUCAAAUUGGUGUAUUUCAACUCCAAAUUUGCUGUCAUUGUUAUAGAUGCCCUAAAGGACACAUUGCGUGUUUUAUUUUCACCUAAAGACACAUUAUGGAUUUGAGACACUUUAUUAUUGGUUUUUGUUAUUGGUUUUUGUUAUUGUUGGUUUUUAAUUCAUUAUGACUUGGACCAAAGAAAAAUCGUUAUGACAACGAUUCAUAUUAUUAAGCUGUUAAAAAAAAGUUAUAGUUGAUUUAGUCAGAGAGAGAGAUAAAGACAUAAAGAGAUAAAGAGAUAAAGAUAAAUAAAGAAAGAAAAAAGAGAUUGGUUCUUAUGUAGAAAGAAAAAUAUACAGGGGAUGAUUGGUAAUGACGGUAGAAGCUGUGGACAGCCUUUUUAAUUUUUAGAGCCAUUUUUUAAAGCAAUCAUGAUUUUUUUUCAGAAGCUGUAGACAAACUUUUAAUUUUUACAGUCAUUUUUGAAAGCAAUCAUGCUUUUAUUUUUAAAAUUGAAUCCAAAGCCAAAAUAUUAAAAUAGGAAAUAUAUUAGCUUUAGAAAACAAUUUCUCUAGAGUUUUUAUUUAGUGCUAUGAAAAAAUUUCUACAGCAAAAAUAAAUGAAAGCCAAAACUAAAAAUUUAAAACCUAAUUCUUAGAACAAAAAAUCGAAAGCUACAGCUUCAACCAAUCAAACUCAUAUUUAGUUGAUUUAGUUUGAGGGUAUAUGGGAUAUUAUCCAUGUAUAAUGUGCUCUCUAGCUAAAAGUGUUUUAUUUUGUAAUUGGAAACACAUAAUAUGUCUUUGAGAAUAAAUAUUUCUAAUUUUUUAGUUGUAUAUGGACGGGAGUAAACUAUAAUUCAGAUUAAAAAUUUACUCUAUAGAUACCAGCCAGUUUACAGCCUUGGAGAAAAUGUUCAAAAACAAAACCAUUGAGAACUUUUUUUAAGAGUACAAAUAGUCUUCGUUAUCUUCUCUGUCUUUUUAUUUUAUCUUAUUUAUUUCACUGUUGUAUAGUAUUUAGUUAUGUUGGGUUUAAUAUUUGAGAUAUUAACACUUAAGGUCACUUUCCUCAUCUUUAUUUACACUGUGAGACACAUUGUUAUACAGACAUACUUUCUCAACUAUCUCUUUCCUUUUUCGUUGGCUCCCAACCAUAAGUCAGCUAACUAUUGUGUUAUUACUUACCAUUUUGGCGGGCUUUCGCUUCCAGCCACACAUUUUCUCAAAAUUUCAACGCUUCAGAUUUAAUAUAGCAGAUCUAAAUAGAGUGAUUUUCACAAUAGGUCACUUUAUGAGUUUUAAUAACACUCUAAGACACUUUCAGCUCCUUAGACACUUUCUUUUAACUUUAUCUUCAUUUACUAACUAAAAUAGAACUAAAUGGUAACCAGUAGGAUCCAUUAAUUAUAUGCCCACUUGACAUGCUUCUUUCAAACAUAAUUACACUUCUAUUUUUUUUUUUUUUGUUUCUCACUUCAUCAUCUAUAGAAUUAUCCAAAAUAGAAAACACGUUUAAUUUUUGAAUCUUCAGCCAUACUUAACCUUAAUCCGCUAUCCGUGAUAAGCCAAGAGCAACGUGACGGAGCAGUCAGGAGAGCUCUGUCGGCGAUCUCAAACUGCGGCUCCGCCCUGAUAGAUCUCUACAGGAAUCUGUGUCAAAUUCAAGUCGUCUCCUCCUCACCGUGGUCGCCAUGGUCGGGAACAGAGUUGUGGCUGCUGAAAUCAUCAUCAUUUUGGUCGCAGAUGAAAGAGAAAGCUUCACAGGAGCAACAAUGGUGAAUUUUUGAUUAUUUGCACAAUUGGUCCUUCAACUUUUGUUUAUUUUUCAAUUCGUCUCAAAUUUGUUCACGAAUUUGCCCUUAGACUUUUAAUUGUGCAAUCCAAACCCAAAGAAUAUUCCGAUUUUACAACAUUGGUCCCUGCCAUUUUGUUUUAUUUUGUUUCUGCCACAUAUGUUUCUGAUUUUCAAAUAAAUCCAUUUUAUUUGGUCUCAUAUUUCCAAAUGUGCACAUAUACAUAUCUGUGUAUAUAUUUAAAUGCAUCUUAAAAAUGAUUAAUAUAAGCUAAAUGAAAUGAUAAAUAACUGUAAAAUGAUAACAUAUCAAUGGUGUAUAAAUUAUUUCUUGUGUAUAUUGUUUAUAGUGAUAUUUGUAUAUAUGUAGUCAUAUGUAUAUGAUACUAUGUACACAAAAUUUCUUUAUCCAUAUGUACAAUAAUCACAUGUACACUUCUUAAUUGGGCAAUGAUUCAGAUGUACAAAUUGUAAAAAGAAAAAUCAUCAAAACCAUAUAUUGUAUUUUUGGUCAGAAACCAUAAAUCUUUUUUUGUAACUUAACCAGAAACUUUUUGUUUCUUAAAAAAUAAAAAAUAUUUAUUUUAGCUAAAACUGAAAAUACUUAAUUCGUUCCCAAAAUAAGGAUAUGCUAAAGUAUCUACGCAUAUUAAAAAUACAGUAAAUAUUUAGAAAAUAUAAAUUUAUUGAACAAAGAAAAAAUAUAUUCGAUAAUAGACAUUAUAUCUUCAUACCAUUUGACAUCAUUCAACAAUAAUAGUUAAGUAUGAUCCACAUGUACAAUGAUUCUAGAAUAUCUAUAUGUACAUGGAAUGGUGUACACAAAUAUUUCAAUAUCCACAUGUACAACAAUGAAUAUGUACAAGGUUUUAUGACAAAUAACAUGUAUAUGGAUUUAUUAGCACAUUGCGCAAGUUAUGAUAUUUGAUGAUUAUGCUAAACAUGAAGGGCUUAAAAUGAAAAGAAAAGAAGUUGUUUGCCUAACGCUCGCUCAAUCCCAAUCUCAGGCUCGAGUUUCAGUUUACCAUGGGAGAAGUUCAAUCAAAGCAAAGGAUCGUGGCGAUAGAAGGUCCCGAUGGUGAUAAGGUGGCGGCAGACCUGAAAUCAUUGAGAAGAUUUGAAAUUGUUGAGAGCAAAAAGGACUGCGGUGGAUUGGAGCUUAUUGCGGCGGAGCUCGGAUGGAGCCAUGGAUCUCUGUCUCUCUUUUUUUUAUCAAAGAUCUCUGUCUCUUUAAGCUUGUAACCAUGAAUCUCUGACUUUUUAAGUUUCAGAUUUACAAAAAGAGAUGAGCUUGCUGUCGUCUUCUGUCGGAGUUAACCUGUCGUCAUCUAAGGUCACGAGCUCUACCAUGAUGAUGCUUCUUCGCUCAGUCACAAAAACAGCAACUAGAAUUUUUUUUGCUACUGGUUCAAUCUUGCGGUGAUGGUCGUUGUGGAAGCCUCUCUCAUUUGCCUCUCUACCUUUCUUUCAAUGUUUGUUAGGUCAUUGGAGAUUCACCGGAAAAAAAAAUUUGCUAUUUGUUUUAGUGAAAAUUAAAGAACGUUUUCUGGAUGAACUGAAAAAUGUAUAAUUUGAAACUUAAAAUAAAAUUUCUUGAAUAUUUCAAAAUUAAAAUUAUGUAAAAAACAAAUCUACUGAACAAAAAAAAUAAGAAGAAUUUGAUUUGAGAAAGAAGAAGAUGAGAAAGGGAAAAAAUGAUAAGAAAGAGAAAAAUGGGACCUAUUAGUUAGCUUAUUUAAUUGGUUUAUAGAUAUAAAGUAGAUUUAGUUAAAGAAAACUACCUCAGUAGAAAGAAGUGUCUUAUAGUGUAAUAUUAAACUAGAAAAUUGUCCUAUAGUGUAAAUGUUUCAUCUAAAUAAGACAUAUAUCUCUCUUUAACCACAACCAUCCGAUAAACCUUUUCUCUUUCUUUCCUGGAUGGCUCAGAUUAUUUUCAACUCUAUCUCUCUUAUCUCCCCCAUGUCUGCGUUUUUUUUUCUGUGUUCAUCAGGAAUAAAAAAAAUUGUGUUAAUUAACCUUGGAACAAGAAGCACGAAAUUCACCCCUGAUUAUCAGUCCCUAAAUUGCGGUUAGUGAGCUAAACUUUGUCCCUGAUUAUCAGUCCCUAUUCUUCAUCUUCCUUAAACUUAGGGCUUUUCAGAGACAUUGUGAAGAAGAAAAAAAGGCCAUGGGGAGAUGACGUCAAUACCGUGAGGAAUUGGGGAAAAUAUGAUUUUUCUGGAAGUAAAUAUUUCUGUCACUUUAUUUUUUCUUGUUUGUGUGUGGAAAGAUGAUGACUGUAAUUUAUCUUCUUCAUUUUUAUAGUAUUUUUUUUUAAUUUGCAGUUGUUAUACUUUUCAUUGCUUCAGCAAAAAUUUGAUUUCUUACAACAAAGAGCAAAGAUUUAUGUUUGUGGCUUGAUGUCCUCUGUUCUGAGUGUACAUGAUAUUCACAUCAAAGUGUACACAUGUACAUGAUAUAUCAAAAUGUACACCAAUUUUCAAUAUUUCCAUCACAAGGCAACAUUACAUUUCAUAUUGUCCAUAUGUACACACUCUGUCUACGGUUCUUAAUGUAGAAAGUAUUUGAAUAAAAAAUAAUAAAUAAAUUUGCAAAGGAGUAUAUCGGUACUGCUAUAUGUCGGAAGGUUUACAUUUUUGUGUACAUGUGAAUAUCAUUAUAUCGGGGUACACAUGGAUAUUAUUUCAAUGGUGUACACAAAGAUAUCAUUACAAUGGUGUACACAUGAAUUUAAUCUCCACAGCCACGAUGCUCCAUUCUAUAGUCUCCACACAAAACAUGCUCCACAAAAUCCCUAGCAUACCUGGACGAUUUCAAAUAUGACAACAUACUCAGUAUCCAUAACUAUGUGUCAUUAAGACAGAAGCUUCAAGCUAGAUCACACCUUUUAGGUCAUACCACUUAAAAACUCUACUAACUGUGCAAUCUAAAAAAACCCAGAACCAAAGUCACAAAGAUUCAUUAUUGACACACUAAAUAAUAGAAGGGUGACUCACAUACCCCUAUCAUGUAAAUCAGAUCCAAACAAAAAAAAUCAAAUCCCUAGUCUCCAAACAAUCUUCGGAUCUAAAACUCAUCUCUACCAAAAAUACACAACCAAAAAGCAAAAUCAAUAAUCAUCUCAUCUUGUGUACACAUGUACAACACAAACAUCAUUUACGCUCGUGUUCAUUUAAAAAAAAUACCUACAUUUCAGAACUUUUCCACAAGUACAACUAUGUUAACCAUUGUACAUAUAUAUACCACAUAUUCAAGUGUACAACCUACAACGUGUGUACACAUGUUCACCUACUAAUCUGAGGAUCAUGCUCAGCAUCUAACACGUCGGCCAGUGACACAAAAUUCUCCUUUCUCUCAUUAACUGCUUCUUCCUCCGGUUUCGCGGCCUCUUUAAGACAACCAAACAUAGCAAAAUCGAAAACAAAUUGAAAUUGUUCCCUAAAUCCAAACCCUAAAUCUGCACGUAAACUGGUACAACCCAAUCCUUGUAAUAAUACAUAGCAAACUGGUACAAAUUGAAACUGUUUUCUAAUUUCCAAAAAGUAACUUUUUCAUUUUCAAUUUUAAAGAGAUUCCUACUUUUUGACAUCUUUUCUUAGGAAGACUUUUUGAUAUCUACCAUCGUAUGACAGUACACUAUCUCCAGCUAUUAUAUAUCCUCCUUUCUUUCUUCUCUGCUUUCAUAUAACAUUUCCCCUAUAAUCACACACACAUCCACACCAUCAUUCCCACCAACAUUAAAAAAAUCUUGAUUACAGAGAGAUAAUAGAGCCAUAAUUCAAGAACGAUACUUAUAUUUAGAAUCGGAAAGCAUACUUCUCACCAGGAGAGAAAUGGGAAGGGCACCGUGUUGUGACAAAGCGAACGUGAAGAAAGGGCCUUGGUCUCCAGAGGAAGAUGCAAAGCUAAAAUCAUACAUCGAAACGAGGGGCACAGGAGGAAAUUGGAUUACUUUGCCUCACAAAAUUGGUCUGAGGAGAUGUGGGAAGAGUUGCAGGCUGAGGUGGCUUAAUUAUCUGAGACCAAAUAUCAAACAUGGUGGCUUCUCCGAGGAUGAAGAAAGCAUCAUCUGUAACCUCUAUCUUACUAUUGGUAGCAGGUGGUCUAUAAUCGCUGCUCAAUUGCCGGGACGAACAGACAACGAUAUAAAAAACUAUUGGAACACGAGACUAAAGAAGAAGCUUAUCAUGAAACAACGCAAGGAUCUUCAAGAAGCUUGUAUUGAGCAACAAGAGAUGAUGGUGAUGAUGAAGAGACAACAACAACAAAUCCAAACUAGUUUCAUGAUGAGACAAGACCAAACAAUGUUCACAUGGCCACCCCAGCAACUUCCGUUUCUUCAUCAUAAUGAUGAUCAAGUACCAACUCUUGUCAUGAACUCGUCCGGUGGCCAGGAAGAUAGUAAGCCAGAGAUCAUCAAGAACAUGGUCAAGAUCGAAGAUCAAGAACCAGAGAGAACAAACGCUUUUGAUCAUCUCAACAUCUCUCAACUUUUGUUAGACCCUAAUAAUAAUUACUUAGGAUCAGGAGAAGGUUUCUCCAUGAACUCAAUCUUGAGCACCAACACAAACUCUCCACUGCGUAACACAAGUAUCAGUCAUCAACGGUUUAGGAAUUUCCAUGACGAAGCCGUCGACCUGUUUUUAGGAGAAACAAGUACUUCGGCAGAUCAAAGCACCAUAAGGUGGGAGGACAUAAGCUCUCUUGUUUAUUCUGAUUCAAAGAAAUGUUGUUAAUUAAUAUUUUGCAAGAUGAAACGUACAUUAAUAUAUUAUUAGUAUUCCCAGUCUUUGGGCUGUCUGUGAUCCUGUUGUUUUCUACAGCUUGAAGUUCUAAUAUUUUGUGAAUUUUUCCAACUUAUUUUUGUCUCAUCAUCCCCACCCGUCGGACUCGUUAGGGCUAUUAACAUUAGCUGGCAACCAUUAGGGUUAACAAUAAGAAGUUUAUGUGGAUAACAAGAUAUGAAGAUACCUAACAUUUUGACCAAAAAAAGUUUUGAUUAUCAAAUACUAAGUGAAUGUGUGCAACUCCCAACUUCUCAAAGAAAUGACACCUCUCUUUAGUCACUAGUCUGUUUCUUGUUUUCCUCACAGAAUCAAAUGGUGUCAUACGAAGAUUUUGUUCCCUUAGGAGUUUGGCAUGCACAUUCCUUGCCUAUUCAAAAAUCAAAUCAGACUGAGAGAGUCGUAUAGAAAUAAUUGGCACUGUCGAUGAAAAUAAUUUAAACCCCGUUUUAUAAAGAACUUGAGUCGUCUAUUAUAUCAUCAAAAAGUUUCUAUUUAUACUUUUAUAAAGAAACUUGAGUGUGUUUCCUUUUCUUGAGUGUAUUUAUGAACUUAUCAUCAAAAGCUGUGUUUAUAAGGAAACUCAUGUGUAAAAUAGGUUAAACAAGAAGAAUGUUUUGUCGAUCAGUCCUAGAAGGCUAAAAUUGAAUAAGACUUCACAUUAUAAAAACGAUAUUUUGAAUUUUCUCGUAUUUUCACUUUCAUAUGGACAAAUGCAAUAGUCUAUAUAUUAUUAAUGACUUCGAAAAACGUUCCAAAGUAGUCUCUGAAAGAUAAGCCAUUUGAAUGUUCCAAACAUUCUCUUCAAACAACAAAAUGAAAACAUAACAAUGCAAUCGCUGACAAAAAAAAGAAUUAUGUAUAAAUUAUUUUACUUAUUAUAUGUUCUCUUAUAUAUUAUAAAAUAAUAUAUAUUGGAUAAUAAAAAUCCAGUAACUAUUAUGUAUAUAAAUAAAUUAGUGUGAAUACAGAAAUAAAUUUUAUUAAUCCAAACGAUCACUUUUUAUGUUUUCUAAUUUAUAUAAUUAAAUUGACAUAAUAUAUACAUAGAUAAAUAGUAUAUUUUUAAUAAUUAUAUAUUGCUAAAUGAUGCAUUCUACUUAUUUGUAUCUUUUUUAAACAAAAAAAAAUUAAAUCGCUGAUAACAAAUUUUUAUUGUGCAAUAUUUUUUGAAGUUUUAGUAAUUUAUAAUUUUAUAAACAUUCAGCGCAAAUUUUAAAACUUAAUACUAAGUUGUCAGUAUUUGUUCAAAGAUUUUACCAAAAAAAUAUUGUUCAAAAAAAAUUUCGAAAUUAAUUUUUUUAUGUAUUUUCUAUGGUAUAUAGUUUAAUUAAAAGAUAUUAAUAUAUAUGAAACUUUAUACUUACAUGAUUUUGUAAUAAUUUGUAUAUUGUCAUUAAAAAAAAUUAAAUCAUGGAUCAUAAAAAUUUCAAUGUGAGACUUUUUAAAAAUUUCAAAAUAUAACAUAUGGAAAUUCUAUAUUUUUAUUAUAUGGUUAAUGUGAUUGUUUAAUAUAUUUUAAUAACUUAAAGUUAACAAAACUGAUAGAAAAUACAAUAAUUUGUACAAAAUCUUUAUUAUUCAAAAUCAUUAAUUGUCAUAUAUAUUUUAGCCACAUUAGACAAUUCCGUAAUUUUUAUUUAAGAAAAAAAUUGAGAACAUUAAUAAUUAAUUUAUGGUUAGUUAACAAAAAAACUUAUUAUAUAUUUAGAUGUACCAACCUAUUUCCUUAAAGAUUAUGAGAAUCAUUGUGAUGAUGACACGUGGUUACCUCAAAUGUUGUAAUACUUAUC